AUGUCACUUCAAGAUCAAACCCUCUCCAGCACUAUGAACAAAGACAGAUCCUUUGCAAACAGGCCGAAAGCAGUUACACAGAAAUCAGAGAAGGAUUGCAAGGUCUUCAAGACUAUUUCCAAGUACUUCUCUGACAAAGAGUGGGCAAAACUUGGAUACUCAGAGAAAACCACCUAUGUGUACAUGAAGAGAAACUAUGACACCAUGACUGGUCUAGGUCUAAAGACCACCCUCCCAGCCUUCAUGUGUCGUAAAAAAUGGGCCACAAAAUCCAGUGGACAUAAUUCUGAUGAAGGCCAGGACUUUAAGAAUAAGGAUGAAUCUCUUCAGAAGGAUUCUGUUGUGCAAGAGAGAAAACGCCUGAAGGUGAUGCAUAAGAAACCAAAGGAAAAAAAUGAUUUGGAUCCAGUGCCAGUAGCACUUGGCUCUGAGCAGGCUCAGAAACAGCAGAGCCCCCCAGGAGAAGACAGUAUCUCUGAUAAACAGAUUAAAAAGAUACCAGAAUCCAAGAAAGCGAUGAAUAGUAGAGCCUAUAUACUACGUGAAAGAAAGAACCUAGUAGCAUAUGAAGAGAUCAGUGAUCCUGAGGAAGAGGACUAAUUCUGAAUGUUACAAGUGCCCAUAAUAAGAAGCAGAACCUGGUGGCCUUUCAUGAAAAUGGGCAUGGCUCUGAAUUCCUAGCCAUCAGGUGUAUAGCAAGUAAAAGAAAGAGUUCACAGUAGAGAAAAGUUAAACAUGAUCUUUGUUACUAUGUCCCAAGUAUUCUGAUAGAUGUAAGACUUUUGUUAAUGAGUAAAAUAUUUACCUAACAUAUAUUUCUUUCUGUGUAUCCACACACUUAUCUUAGAAAAUAAGCAUUGAAUUGUCAGGUAAUUCUCUGCACAGAACAGCACUACCCUCCUCCCCAGAUGUGCAGAUGUGACUGCUGAAAUCAGUUCUGGGUGUUUGAUUUCACAUGUUUUCUCUGCAUUUACACACACACACACACACACAC